CCUGCGGUACCUACUUUGAGGCAGAUGCCCGUAGCUUCGUGCCUCUCCCUGUAGCCCCACAGAUUCUCUCCUGCUCCCCCAGCUGCUCAGAGCAGCCAGGUGCUGAGUUCACGUGUGCCCUGGCAGGCGGAGGUCCCUCCUGGUGGCACCUCUCCAGAGGACUUGACGCUUCCCAGACCGCGCGCGGGCAGUGUCCUGGGAGCUGAGCUGCGCUGGGUGAGGGGCACAGCCCUCGUGCCCACUUCCCGGAGCCACAUCUCUGCUCCCCCCCAGCCCCCUCCUUGUGCCUGACUGAGAUGUUGAAUGUCAGUGGGAGACCCCUUCUACCCUUCUUGCUGGACCGAUGCUGCUGCUGAGAGCCCACACGUCUCUGCACACCUAGUGGACUUGGAGACACACCCGUGCAGAGGGAUGGGCAGUGCUGGCCACGGGCUGACCGCUCUGCCUCACAGCCGCAUCGCCCUCCAGGACACCCUGCUGCUGACUGGCCUGGAGAAGCCGCCUGUCAUACGGGACCCUGAUACCUGCAGCUGGAGCUCCCUCGACAGCCCCAGCCCUCCAGCCACUCCCGAGCAGACCCUUCCUGCCUUCUACGUCCAUUACUUUGACAUGCUCUACUCCGAGGAGGCUGGCUGGGUGCCCAAGGGCCUGGCAGAGACUCUGCAGGGCAGCAGCCAAGGGGGACGGGGCGAGGUGCAGAAGGAGCCAGAGCAGUGCCCCAUCAUCGACAGCCAGGGCUUUGGGCUGAGCCCUGACAUGGACUACCAGGCCAGCCUUCACCUGGAGGAGCACUCGCUGGAGCAGGUGCAGAGCAUGGUGGUGGGCGAGGUGCUGAAGGACAUUGAGACGGCCUGCAAGCUUCUCAACAUCGCAGCAGACCCAGCAGACUGGAGUCCAGGAAACGUCCAGAAGUGGAUCUUGUGGACGGAGCACCAGUACCGCCUGCCCCAGAUUGGGAAGUCCUUCCAGGAGCUGUCGGGGAAGGACCUGUGCGCCAUGUCUGAGGAGCAGUUCCGCCAGCGCUCCCCGGUGUGCGGGGAUGUCUUGCAUGCCCACCUAGACAUCUGGAAAUCGGCUGCCUGGAUGAAGGAGAAAGUGGGGCCAGGAGAAGUGCGAUACUGUGCGAGUGACGAGAGCUGGGCGGACAGUGAGGUGGACUCCUCGUGCUCGGGCCAGCCCAUCCACUUGUGGCAGUUCCUCAAAGAGCUGCUGCUGAAGCCUCACAACUACGGACGCUUCAUUCGCUGGCUCAAUAAGGAGAAAGGUAUAUUCAAGAUUGAGGACUCUGCCCAGGUGGCACGUUUGUGGGGGAUCCGGAAAAACCGGCCAGCCAUGAACUAUGACAAGCUGAGCCGCUCCAUCCGGCAGUAUUACAAGAAAGGCAUCAUCCGGAAACCGGACAUCUCCCAACGCCUGGUCUACCAAUUCGUACACCCUGUCUGAGCGCGGGGGCUGGAGGAGGGGGAACUGACUGAGCACCUGGAGGGAGGGAGGUCUCUCUCACCGCUGCACCUCCCAUGCCCUUCCAAAACCACCACCAAGAAAAACAGAUGAAGCCUUGGGUUGUGCAGGAGGCUGGAAACCCAGCAAACCUCCCUGAUGAACCUCAGAGCUUCCAGCCUCCCCCAAGCCACAGAGCAUGUGUGUGGGGGGAAUGGACCCCCAUAGAUAGGAAGACACCACAACUAGCAACAACUGCCCAUGAAAUAGAGUGUAUACAUGUAAUUCUGGGGCCUACGGAUGUGUGUAGAGAGUCCUCUGCUCCCGCUAAUGAGCUUCAGGGUUGGGGGAGAGGCAGGCUUAGACGCUGGGUAGGGGCAGGGGUGCA